CUUUAUCGAGCCUUUCAACUCACCGGGUGGGAAGUCACUGUAUAUAGCUUUCUCUUAUUAUUUUCAACGGGCAAUUCCUUCCACCAACCGCCAUGUACUUUGCUAGGGCUUAUAUUGCGUAUGCCUUUGUUCUCUUUGCUUCCCUACAGCUUACCUUAUCCUCUCGGAUUUUAAACCCUCGAAUUGAUGAACCCAGUAGCAAACUCGUCGGUAAUGCACAUAUUCCUCGUCGUGUCAACCCCGUCGCUUUGGAAGAGCCCGGAAAGAGGAGCUUGUCGACCAGGUACGACCGAUUUCUGAAGAGGACUACUUCGGCACCGCAUUCCUUGCAUGUCUCUCGGGGUUAUACGAAGUUGUCAACUAAGAAAUCUUCGGGACCUACAAUCCGGGCCAACAAGUGGAACGAGAAGAGAAACGAGUCCUCUGCAGACAGUCAUUAUGGUAAACACCUUUGA